AUGGCAACUAUUCGUAAUGUUUUCGCCUAUUUCAUAUUAUUGUUAUUUCUUGGAUUCUUUAUUUCCACUGCUAUAUACUCCUUCGGGAUCAAGCCGGUGUCAAAAAAGUCCAGGUCAUCAACGAUCCGAGGCAUUACGACGUUUGCAGGCAGAGACAACGCCAAGGAGACCGGUGAUAUCGAGUCUCCUGUGGCAAUAGUGACUGUAUCGGAUCAUGGAUCAAGCGAGGAAACGAAUGAUAAUUUACAACUGAGUGAUAUGAACGAAUCAAGUGAUAGACAAAGCGACACAGACAGUUUUACUGUUGAUACAUCAGUGACUCACUAUCUGGUGCCUAUUCACCACUUCGGCAGUGGGCCAAACUUCAACUUUAGGAAUUUCAGAAUUGCUGUUCUCAUUGCCCUAUAUAAUAAAAUGACGAUUGUUGAGAGGUGGUUCCAAACUCACGGUACACAAGCAAGAUCGUGGAGAUACCUGAACGAGACCUUCGAUGUAACCUUGCUAAGAAAGUUGCUCGACGUCGCCUAUUUCGACCGAUUUAAGCGCGAAUGUGACAGUAAUGUGGAUGUCGUCAUAACAACCCCAUCCAGGAGUAAAGAUGUUGAAAAAAUAUACGAGAGACAUAGUGACAUUUUCGAAGUAGAUUAUGGAAUACAAUUACCUCCGUGGUCACAAAUAAAGAGCAUUACUCGGCUGAGUGAUUUGGAAAGUAUACGGAAUAUUCGCUGCGUUGGCGUUUAUUAUCCUUUAGCGUUUGAGCAAUUCAACAUUUCCGGUAAAGACGAAUUGUUACGUAAGGUUGAUAAGCAUCUGAAAUGGCCGACUAGCAUUCGCAGAGUUGCUGACUUGGUGAGUGAUUUAGUCUGCGGUGGACGCCCGUAUCUGUCAGUGCACUUUAGAACAAAGGUAGGGGAAGGAUGUAAAAACGAUAACUGCAAUAAAACCCAGACUUUAGCGACUGGCCGGGCAGCAUUGCAAGUAUCGUUUGACUUUAGUAACUUAAUGAAGACAAGAAACCUAUCCUGUAUCUACGUGGCUCUUCCACCGUAUGCUGCGGAUUAUGAAGACAUUUUCCAACAGAAGCUUCCAAACGUCAUUACAAUGAAACAAUUAACAGACAACACCACCAUUCCAGAAUUAGCUAAGAUCAGUGACGACAACUACAAGCUGUCAUUGCUUGAACAAGAACUCUGUAUCCGAUCCACAGUAUUUGUAUCAUGGGUAUAUUCUUACUGGUCACAGAUGGUGAUUUACCAAAGAGAACUCCAAAAAGCAGAAAGUUUUAACAUCAAAGAUUUCCCGCAUUGGGACGUCGAAGGUCUUAAUUUGAUUACCUACUCUACCAGUGUCUUCGAUUUCCACCUUUUUGCAGACGACACCAAUCUUUUCAAAGUUCUUAAGAAUAAAGCUAUUAAUCUCAACAACAUUAACUUCGAAUUCCAGGAGGUGCGCAACUGCACCACGGUUUUGUCCCUUACAAUAACAGCACAGUCUUACAGAACUGUUAUGGACUGGACAGAACGUACAGGUGGGGGAUCAGAUUAUAUUGGUUGUUUUAGAGAUAAAUCGGCUCGUGCCCUGGAGUUUCAAGCAGAUCUCGGUUCUGAAAUGACUAUUGACCUUUGCAUUAAUGCAUGCGGACCCCACGGCAAAUAUGCUGGAGUGCAGUAUUCAUCUCAGUGCUUUUGUGGUGACGAAUAUGACAAGUACGGCGCCCUCAACGAGGAUUCGUGUAAUAUGAAGUGUACUGGUGAUAAUAGCGAGAUAUGUGGUGGUACCUGGGCGAAUGCUGUUUACAAGUCUAGAGAACCAACGUACAUUGGAUGUUACGUGGACAAGUCCAGUAGAGCGUUAUCUGGAUAUUCGUACAGCGAUGGCUCGAACAUGACACCCAAAUCAUGUAUCAACGCGUGUAUUGCUAACAAUGAUGGACAUAAAGUGUUCUACGCUGGUGUACAGUAUGCUUCGCAGUGCUUCUGUGGAACUGACUUCAGCAAAUAUGAUUCAGCAGAUGAGGCGGACUGUAGCGCUGCAUGUACUGGUGACAGUAACGAGAAAUGUGGUGGAACAUGGAGAAACUCGGUUUAUAAAAUAGAAAUCGUAUAAAUAUUAUCCAUCGAACCAAGCAAGCAAGAACAGGACAGUUAAGUGUUUGAAGAUCUCUAUGAUGCUAAUUCACGGAACAAUCUCAUUAGUCUUGAUAAAUCGUGUUCUCAUUCAUCUUGUUCCUGUAGUUGAUGAUAGUAAUGUAGAAUAAACGCAUAAUUAAAGCAAA